AUGAACAACGAGGAUUCAGAUGAUUACAUUGAAGAUGUAGCAGCAGUUGACGUCGACCAAGAUGAUGGAGUGGAUGUAGAGAGUAGAUAUAAUGAUAUAUUAUCAGUGUUGGCAACAGAGACUAAUGUACAACAGAUUGAGAGGAUUGAAUGUCCAUCACCAUUAGAGUUCUAUAGAGAGUAUGUCGCACAGAACAAACCUGUCAUUAUAAAGAACGCAUUCAAUAAUUGGAAGGCUUUGAAAUUAUGGUCGAUUGAAUAUCUAAGGAAUAAGAUGAAGGAUACAGAGGUUACGGUUGCAGUGACUCCAGAUGGUCUGGGCGACGCGAUAAAGAGAAGUACAAAAGAUGGCAAGGAAUACUUUGUGAAGCCACUGGAGAAGAAGAUACCAUUCAGUCAAUAUCUCGACACACUGGAACAUCUGCCGCGAGACGACGGCACUUCCAACGUGCACUACCUUCAAUAUCAGAAUGGCAGCUUCAACUUGGAGUUUGAGGCGCUGUGGCAGGACAUUGACCACGCCGCCAUCAACUUUGCCAAGGAGGCCUUUGGCAUGGAGCCCGAAGCCGUCAACUUCUGGAUGGGCGAGGAUCGCGCCAUAUCAUCGCUGCACAAGGACCCCUACGAGAACAUCUACUGCGUGGUCAAGGGCACCAAGGUGUUCACGCUGUUGCCGCCAACCGACUACCCCUUCCUCUACGAGACCGAGUUCCCGGCCGCCACAUACGUCGAGGCGGCGGACAACCCGGCGCGACUGGAGAUGCGCACGGACGACCCGCCCGAGCGCGUGCCCUGGAUCCCCGUCGACCCAGCCAAAGACUACAGCGUCAACUGCCAUCGAUAUCCCCAGGUGGAGCGUGCGCAUCCACUGCAUGUAGAGGUACACGAGGGUGAGAUACUCUAUCUUCCCUCACUUUAUUAUCAUCGCGUGGCUCAGCGCGGUGAUCACGAGCACAAGACCAUCGCCAUCAACUAUUGGUUCGACAUGCGCUAUGGUCCAAAUCAUGUAUACUAUCAAUUCAUUCGACAGUUCAAUGCAGCCAAGCCACUACCAAGUGUUGAUGUUGCCGCGUCGUCCAAGUCUUCGAAGAGUGUGGAGACGGGAUCGCAGGAGUAA